GUUACUGUGUAAUAGCACCACCAUGGAUGGAUUAAGAGAACAGAGAAUAGGACGCCAACUCGGCAAGUCGCAUGCCGAUUUUCCGAGUUGUUGAUCUCACUUGAGGGCAUGGAUGUAUCAAGCUUGAGGGGCAUUCAGCAGCUGGACUGAUGCUGUUCUUCCAGCAUCUGAACUGAACUGACUGGCAAGCUCUUUCACUGGUGAGACUGUGUUGCUGCCAUGUCAAGGCGAAGCAGGAAUAGUCGUGCAUGGCGAUAUGUUUGGGGUGGGAUACGACGGGAUGCUGAUGCUCAGGCACUUGAAGAAUGGAACUACGACCGCCUAGAGUACAGUGAUUCAGACUCUGAGGCAGAUUUUUCAGCAGUGAUGGUCCCUCCAGUCCCCAGUGCAGUGCCUGUCACCGGAGAGUCCUACUGUGGCUGUGACUCCCAGGCUGAGACUAACUACAACCCUCGUAUGCGAGGUUUUCACCAGGUUAAAGACUGCCACUGUGGAGAGGAUGACCAAGAGUUUGACUGGGUUUGGGAUGCCAACAGCCGAUCGACAGCAACAUUACUGAGCUGCGACAAUCGAAAAGUGAACUUUCACUCUGAAUACAGCUGUGGCACAGCAGCAAUCCGUGGCUCCAAAGAGCUGGCUGAAGGGCAGCACUUCUGGGAGAUCAAGAUGACGUCCCCAGUGUAUGGAACAGACAUGAUGGUCGGCAUCGGUACUUCUGAUGUCAAUCUAGACAAAUACAGACACACGUUCUGCAGCCUGUUGGGAAAAGAUGCAGACAGCUGGGGUCUUUCUUACACUGGCUUGUUGCUUCAUAAAGGAGACAAGAUGAACUUCUCCUCCCGGUUCGGACAGGGGUCCAUCAUUGGAAUCCAUCUGGACACGUGGCACGGCACACUCACUUUCUUCAAGAAUCGCAAGUGUAUAGGUGUUGCUGCCACAGAGCUACAAAAUAAGAGGUUUUAUCCGAUGGCGUGCUCCACAGCAGCGAAGAGCAGCAUGAAGGUGAUCAGAUCCUGCUCUGCGUCCACCUCCCUGCUGUACCUUUGCUGUGCUCGCCUUCGCCAGCUGCUGCCAGACUGUAUAGACACCCUGGAUGUGUUACCGCUGCCGCCCGGCCUUCGCCAGUUGCUCCACAACAAACUGGGUUGGGUGCUCAGUCUCAACAGUGGCACCACGGAUGGAGCCCCAGAUGGGCCCGAGGGCCCCCCGCGCUUGCCUGUCCCCCCUUUGGCUGGACCGUCCUCCUCUGAGAGUGACUCAGAGGGUUGUACGUCUGACCCCGAAGCCUGUCAGAGGAAGAGAUGCCGCUGGACAUGACUGGACAGCUCGACUCCUACCUCCUCUUAAACACUGGCAGACGUUAAUGUCCUGUGGCGUCUAAUCUAGUGUUUUCUACCUGCCUCAAGCUUUCCUCAACGUCAAUGUUAUCCAGUAGUGAAGAAAAUAACCAGGAUGGGAGUGGUACCUAGGUGGAAAACUGUGAAGGUAGUAUUUCUGCCUACACGCUUUUACUGUGAUCUUCUCUCAUGCCAUUCAGAUGUCUUCAUGCUCAUCAUACAUUCAAUAUCCAAACCAGCUUUAGUAAUAAGUGAAAAGAUGUGGAGUUAUGUUGUUAGCUAUCAUAAUUUGUUGAAAUUAUGUAUGGGGAUUAGUGAAAUGGUGCAGGAAUGGACUGUACAGUGUAACACUGAAGUCAAGUAUGGCCACAUUUUGGUGGUCAUCAUGAUAUAGUAUUUGCAAAAAGGGGGUUUAAAAAAUGAGAGACUGUUUAUUUUCUGUGUUUUUAACCUGUAUGCAAAUAAUGUAUAUUGUUCUCAACCUCAGUAUUAUCAUAGUAAUCUGUUACCUGUUUUACUUGCAUCUGCAAUUUUAGGUUGCCAAAGUGAGAAUGAGUGGGGCACUAUGUCCUGUGAGUGGAACAGACCGGAAGCUGCACACAAUAGGUCAUAGAAUAUUCUUUUUUUCUUACCCACAGGUUACAGAUCUUAAGCAAAAACUUAACAAUAACAACAAUCAAAAAAUGUUUAGACAGAUCAAAAACUUGAGAAAUGUUAGAAAGAGGUGAAAUGAACCUGAAUGUACUUUUAGUCCUCAUAGAGCAGCCAUCAUCUCCAAACAACUCACACACCUAUGAUUCCUUUUCAGAUAAUUCUAGAUUUCUUGAGAAAUAAAGUUACAAAGUUAGUCAAACAUUUGUUACGUUUAAAUGGCAACAUCCGUCUGUCACCAGAUUUGGAAAGUCUCCUGUUGAAAUGUCAUGCUUCUUGUUUGUAGAAACUCUGGAUUUUUAUUUUUUAAAGAUGUAAGCAGUAUUAUACAUUAUUUGGUGUAGCUCUUUUAAAUCUGAUCAUGAGACAAGCAUGCCACUCAGAAGAUACUGCCACACAAAGUAACUUUUCAUUGCUGUUAUACCUUAUCGUUUUUUUGAACUUUUAAAAAAGUUAGUUUCUUUGAUUGACAAAAUAUGAUAUUAUGAGCAGUUUUAAUGUUUUUUUUUUGUACUGACCUGUUUAUGUUCUUUUGGUUUUCCCAAUGCCUUGUCCCAUCACUUCCUUUACUAACUCCUCUUGACUGUAAUUCAUUAAGGUCGUACUCUAUUCUGAAUCCUUUUAGUAUCAAACACUCAGCCUCUGUUGGCCUGACAGUUGGCUGUAAAAAGUUCCUUGUUUCCCCAUUAAAGGAGAACUGUGGUCAGCAUUAAUGUUAUUCCAAUGAUGAUAGUUUGAGGUUUUUACAGCAGAAAAUUAGUUCUGAUAUGGUUAUAAAAACUUCUCACACUGCUCCUGCAGCAUUAUCUACCACUCAGCUCUCUGUGUGCUUAGUGUGUUUCUAACAAUCGUUUUUUUUUUUAAUAUGGCUAAAAACACAGUUUACAUAUUGAGCACAUGCAAGAACAGUAGGUGGAUUAUUACUGCAGGAGUGGUUUGCAAUGUUUCUGUGGAUGUUAUGAAUUUUUUUUUUUAUGGCCACUUUUCAAGCCUACGGGGGCUGAGUGGUGUUAAGAUCAGUUCAAGUAUAACUUGAUCAUAAAUGACUGAGAAGGUGAACGUUACCCCUUGGCUCGGGUAUGUAAAUAAUUCUUAUUUUUACUUUCUUUGGAGUAUCAAACCAUGCCAAUAUAAGUAUUAAAUAGUGUUUGACCCAGAUGUUGAAGCCACAACCAGAUUUUGAAGCCAAUUGCUGCCUCCGUCACCAGUCUUUGAUCAUGUUCACUCCUCAAGGAUCUUAAGUAGACACACAAAGAUUUAAGGUACUAUGCAAUACAGGCAUCUUAUAUGAUCAUGUUUUUUAGAAGGAAUGUGUGUUUUAAGAUGAUGGAGGCACUGCCACAACAACAGCAGUGAAGGUACCAGAGGACCAUGAUCAUUAGUGAUAUGACGCACUUAAUCAUGUCCGGUUGUGAUUUAUCAGAUUUAUCCCUAAAGAUCUAUGUAACCACCAAGAGGUUAGUCGUAGUCCAGUAGAUGUAUUUUUGUGUCUUAUUUCACAGUAUUUGUCUUCACAUUGAUGCAUCCAAGCACUUUUUCUUACUGUUGUACUGUAAAUAGAAAGACAUUCUAAGUGUUUCUUCUGUACCAUGUCAUAUUAAUAAUACUGUAUGUGAAGGCCUUUACCUGCCUUUAUCUGUAUAACUUAUCAGCAUGAUUUUCAGCUGAAAAUAAAAUGAAUGCUAAAUAUGCA